AUGGCCGGGGGCCGCCUCUCCCAGGCCCGCAUCCCAGCGGUCGCCGUGUGGCUUCUCUGCGCGCUCGUCCUCCGGGGCGCCGAGGCCGGGCCGCCGCCGGUGACCCCCGGUUUGCUCACGGCCGACGGCUGCUUGAACCGCUUUACCCCCGGGGUGCCUGAUUUCGUGCUCGACACGGACGCCUCGGUCAGAAACGGGGCCACCUUCCUGCGCUCCCUCACCGCGCGCCGCGGCCGGGACUGCGUGCACGCCUGCUGCAGCUCCAACGACUGCAAUCUGGCGCUGGUGGAAUUGCAGCCCGACGGCGGGGAGGACGCCAUCGUCUCCUGCUUCCUUAUCAACUGCCUCUACGAGCAGAGCUUCGUAUGCAAGUUCGCGCCCAGGGAGGGCUUCAUCAACUACCUCACGCGGGAGGUUUACCGCUCCUACCGCGAGCUGCGGACCCAGGGCUUCAGAGGGUCCCGGAUCCCCAAGGCCUGGGAUGGUAUAGACUUGAAGGUACAGCCCCAGGAACCCCUAGUGCUGAAGGGUGUGGAGAACACAGACUGGCAUCUCCUGCGGGGUGACACAGACGUCAGGUUAGAGAGGAAUAGUCCAGACCAGGUGGAGCUGUGGGGACUCAAAGAAGGCAGCUACCUGUUCCAGCUGACGGCGGCCGGCUCAGACCGGCCAGAGAGCACGUCCAACGUCACAGUCACUGUGCUGUCCCCUGAGCAGACGGAAGAACACUGCCUUGCAUCCAAGAAGGUGGGCCGCUGUCGUGGUUCCUUCCCCCGCUGGUACUACGACCCCACAGAACAGAUCUGCAAGAGUUUUGUUUAUGGAGGUUGCCUGGGCAACAAGAACAACUACCUUUGGGAAGAACAGUGCAAGCUCGCCUGCCACGAUGUGCAAGGCCCCUCAGCAGAAAGGCAUCAUCCAGUGUGUUCUGGCAGCUGCCACCCCAGCAAGUUCCGCUGCGGUGAUGGCUGCUGCAUCGACAGCUUCCUGGAAUGUGAUGACACUCCCGACUGCCCCGAUGCUUCCGACGAGGCCACCUGUGAGAAAUACACCAGAGACUUUGAUAAACUCCAGAGGAUCCACUUCCCCAGGGACAAAGGGCACUGUGUAGACCUGCCAGACACGGGCCACUGCUCAGAAAGCAUCCCCCGCUGGUACUACAACCCCUUCACUGAACACUGCGCCCGCUUUACCUAUGGUGGUUGUUAUGGCAACAAGAACAACUUUGAGGAGGAGGAGCAGUGCCUUGAGUCCUGUCGUGGCAUCUCCAAGAAGGAUGUGUUUGGCCUGCGGCGGGAAAGCCCCGUUCCCAGCACAGGCUCCGUGGAGAUAGCCGUUGCAGCGCUCCUGGGUACCUGCAUCGUGGUGGUGGUUGCCAUUCUGGGUUACUGCUUCUUCAAGAACCAGAGAAAGGGCUUCAACAGACACCGCCACCCCCCACCUUCCACCCCCACCAGCUCCAAGGUCUCCACCACCGAUGACAUGGAACACCUGGUCUAUUACCAAACAACUAGACCCCUCUGA